UCCUGGAUCCCCAGGGGAGAGAGGAGCCAGUGGAGCAAAGAAUCUCUAACAGAAGAGGUGAUGGUGAAAGCAAAGAAAACCUAGGACCCAGUGGCAGGACUGGAAGAAAUGAUGCAGAAGAUCCUUCUUUUCCAGGAGCUGCAGCCAGAGUUUUGGAGAAAUGCAUCUGCCUGGAGAACCCAUACCUGUCUGAUAAAAUACUUAAGACGGAACCAACAAUAACCCUAGAGUUUGUUGUUGUGAUGUCAAAAAAAUUCAAGUUUCCUAAAGAGUCAUCCAAGAUCUGUGUUGCUUUUUACAAGAAACCUGGACAAUACCAGGAAUUUGCUGUUCUAAAAGAAAGAAAAAAGUAUUUACAGGGUCAAGCAACAAUCCCCAUUUCCCAUGUACAGGGAGAAACAAUUUUUUAUAAAUAUGCUAUCUUAAAAAGUAUGCUCUCAACUGACCAUGAAAGAUCAUGUGAUUUAGAGUAUAUUUGUGGAAUGGACUCCAAGAAUACAGGUCAGCUACAUCGAGUCUUGAACAUUCCCAAGGAAGAGAUCAAAGCAAGUGGAACAUGGACUAUUUUUGAAAACAUGAAGUGCUAUUUUAAUGAAAAAAAAACAAAUAUCCUUGAAUUGUUCAAAUUGCAGUCUCCAAAAAAAAUGCCCCAAAACACAGUCAACUGUGGUAUCAUAGAAUACCUCACAGAUGAAUUCUCCAAGACUAUCAAGCUCAAGAAGAGCUUUAACAAUUUAGAAAGGAAACUGAAGAUCUACACGGAGAGCUUCAAAAUUUAUCUUGGGGAUGCUGCAAAUGGCAAAACCUAUUCUCCAACUGAUCUUGAAGAUCACCAAUUAAAAACUAACAUGAUAAAGUUCAUGGACAAGAUCGUUGGACACCUGGAGACAGAGGAGCAGAAAGAUAAUGGGCUGCUUUUUGCCUUACACACCUCAUUUUGUUAUAACAUUCAACUAAGCAAAGAGGUAAUCGUCAAGGCUGAAAAACUCUUCCAGGACAUUGGCCCAUUUCAAGACAAAUUCCAGCAUCUGAGAGGAAGGAGCGAUUACAUUUCAGCUCUGAAGAAAAUCUGCUUAGAUAAUGAAGAUGACGUCUUGUGCAUUUGGCUGAUUCCAUUACUGUAUGCAAUUACAGAGAAGAUGGAGGGUCCUUUUUCAAUACAAACCGUUCCUUCACAACGCUUGUUGCAGCUGAGAGAUGAUGAAAAGAAACAGAAGAAAGUCCUGGAGAUGAUAAAGAUUCACAAGUCAUUCAUUGAAAGCUGCUCUCCAUUGGCAAAGACGGUCCUGGAGAUGCUGGCCCUGAAGAAUUUCACCACAGAGUCCCUGCUCCAAAUCAAGCUUCCACCUGUGGUCCUCCUGGACACUGUGUACAAUCGCAUCAUAAAAAUCGCCCUUGAACCAGCCCAAGUGCAUGUAAGGUGAUCAAACAACACACACAGUAAUAGAUCAACUUAUUGUUAGUGUUUUUUCUUUAGGUCAUGAAAAGUUCAGCAAUUUUAUACAGGUAAGCCAGAGUCUUCCUGGUUCCUGAAGAAAUUUUCAACAAAUCCAAAGAGGCUGAAUCCUAGGAACCUGGAGUGAGAGCUCAAUACCCAUCUUUUGAGAGAAGUGGCAAAAGAGAAAGAGCAAAGGAAUCUCUUUUUUUUUUUUUUUGUGGCCUGGUUGGAAAAUUGCUAACAAAUGCUGUAUCAAAUGAAUUUUAAUCAGAAUAUUUGAGCAUCCUGUCCUCAAAUGCAGUAGCCAAAAUGAACACUGUGGGGAUCAAA